GCAUCGCAUCGCAUCCUUCGUCGCUUUUGCAUCAGUCGCGUUCGUUGCAGCUUCCUCCAGCUCCGACAAACGUACCCCGCCAGUAAGUGCCCACCUCAGUCAUGCACCAACCGCGUCAUAUGUGCCGUGUGUCAAACGACCAGCCCAGCCACCAGCAACAGCUUUGGGCUUUGGACACAUUGCACUGUGCGCGUUUUCAACUGUUCCCAUCAGGCACCAGCGACUGUUGCGCAGCUAUUUGAGCUUCCAAGUCCACUAUCGGCCCCGCGCAUUGGUCUCGGGAAUCGCUGCCACCGCUCCCACUAAACAAAGAGAGCUCCGCUGACGCACAAUCUGUUCACUCCAGACCCCACACACCGAAAUCGCUACUCACGAUCACCUCCCAACCAUGGCUCCCCCACCGCCCGCGACGCUGCCUCUAGGCCAGCGCCUUGCUGCUCUUGCACAGACGCUGCAGUUUGCGUGGUUCGCCGGCCACGUCACGCUGUUGCUGUCGACAUUCCGCUACAGCUUGUCGUACGUCACCUUCAACACGGCCUCGCGAUGGGCGGCCUUUUCCUACCGCACCGCCUUCCUCUCUGCGUGCGUCACCUACGGUAUCGUUGUCUACAAGGCAUACCGCGCUCGCGUGAGGCAAGGAAAGCAGGGCGGGGUCCUUUCCCUCGCAACCGAUGAGAAUGUGCAGUACUUGAUCAUGGCUCUCAUCUGGCUCUUCUCCCGCCAGAUCCCCAUGGCGGUCCUACCUUUCGCAGUCUACUCGGUGUUCCACGUAGCCACCUACGUGCGCUCAAACCUGCUGCCCACCAUCCAGCCCCCGCCUGCCGGAGCCCAGCCUGGCACCAAGAGCGCUUCUGGCUUGUCCGAUGCCAUUGGCAAGUUCGUGAAGGAGUACUACGAUGGCAGCAUGACCCUCGUUGCCAUUCUUGAGAUUGCUCUCUGGUUCCGCGUCUUCGGUUCCGCUCUUCUCUUCCAGAAGGGCUCAUGGAUCCUUAUUGCCGUGUACACCGUCUUCUUCCGCGCCCGCUACGCGCAGAGCACCUUUGUCCAGGGCGCCAUCACCCAGCUCACCGCUCGUGUUGAUGCCCAGCUUGCCAACCAGAGCACUCCUCCCGUCGCUCGCCAGAGCUGGGGCACCUUCAAGAACGUCAUCAGGCAAGCCGCCGAUGCGACCGACAUCCGCAAGUAUGUUGGUGGACAGCAGGCCGCCGGCCCCAAGAAGACGCACUAGCUGCGCAUUGAGAACCAGAGCGAUGGCCCAUCUCUGUACCCUAAAAUGUCAAGGUGCGGUGCAGACCGAAUGUCGCCUCGGGACUGGCGAUGCCGAGGUGGGGGGUGAAUCGACCCGGAAAGAUGAAGGCGAGCGUGGGCCGUUUUGAGUGGUGGAGUGGUGGCCCGGAGUAGAUGCCCCACACAGUGCAUGGACGAUUGUGAACACGUUGGUCUGGGCAUGUGUUAUGAGCGCUUUUACCUGGAUAGAGAGGCAUGCCAACAUGAAUGAGUACGGGAAUGUGUGGCUUAAAAACGAGCGGCAGGCUUGCGUAGCCACAGUAGUUGAAUCAGUCUCCCGUAUGGCCAUGCUUAUGUUACUACUCUGCAUUGGUAUGAUGGCGUUGCUUCUAUUUAUGAAUCGAGGAAGGCUA